UGCUAAUGGCGCCUAUGGUUGUAAACAAAAUUCAAAAUAUAGAAGAGUGAAUCAAAAGAUCUACAGAUUUUCUUUUUAUGAAGUAGACAUAUCAGAAAACCAAUCAAGAUGACAGUUAAUUUAGAAGAAUAUUUCCGAACAACCUUUGAGGAUAAACUCCUCGUUAAAAUGCCUGAAAGGGAGGAUGAUCAUCUUACCCCUGCAACAAGGCUUCUCGAGAAAAGAAGAGAAAUGCAAGAAGUUGAACAGGCUUUGGCUGCUCAAAAAGAGGAAUUCCAAAUGAAAAUGGAAAGUUUGCAGCAGAGAAGAGAAGAACUCGAGAGAAAAGAAUGUCAGUUAAAGGAAUCAUUGUUAAAGUUUGAUCAUUUCUUAAAGGAAAAUGAUUCCAAAAAGGCCAGAGCACUGAAAAAAGCCGAGGAGGAAAGAGAAUCCAAAAAGCAAAAAGACAAAGAGAUUGAAAAAUUGAAACAAGAAAGAGCAGAACUUGUGAAGUCCAAAGAAAAACUUCAAGCAAAAUUAGAGAAAUACAAGAUUUAUCACAAGUACAUGGAAAAGGCUUUGGAGGCAGGAGAGGAAUUUCAUGAAAUGAGAGACAUAAUUGCCAGACACGAUACACUUGUAGCCACUCAUGAGGAUUUGUUGGAAAGAGAAACAAAGAAUCAGGAGAUCAUUGAAAAACAGAGACAGAGCCUAUUAAAAUACAUAGAGGAUAAAGACAACGAAAUUCUUUCUUUCAACAAUGAACUCUCAGGACUUCAAACGAGGUUAGAUACAGCCCAAAGUGAGGCUGUGAAGUGGGAAAAUGAAUGGACUCGUAUUAAGAAUACAUCUGCAGAGAAAACCCUUGAACUUGGAAGAAUCAAAAUGGCUGCCCAUAAUUUGUACCAGUUAGUCAAACGCCAUCAGAAGCAAUCUGCCGAUGACGAGGAAACGUCAGAACAGUUAAACCAGAUAAAAAUGUUCAUGCAGGAUUUAACUACCAUUACCAAUGAAAUCAAGAGAAUGGAAAUGCCAGGAACUUCUAUUGCCCCGCCCUCUUCAAGUUGAUUUCAUUUUUGUUCUAUGCUAAAAUUUGUUCAAAUAUAUAAUUUUUUGGCGAUUUUAUUAUCCUGCAAGUAAAAGCAAAACCAUAAAAAGAAGAUUAGUUUUAUGAAUAACAUUUCAUGUAUAUACAUGUAACAUUCUUUCUUUACCUGAAACUGCCUAUUAAUCUGGAGUUUUGUAAACUUUAAAUUUUUAAUCAGACAUGCUUGUUGCGUUUUGUAAAGUUUUACUUGUUUGAAGUUAAACUGUAAGCAGAAACAGGAACAUUUUUUUAAUUAUUUUAAGAUUUAAACUUGAAAUUUUUUUCGAUGCCUAAAUUUUACCUUAUUGUGAUAAGAAAUAUGUGUGAGUGAUUUUUGUGAAUGAGAGGAUAAAAUGUAUCUAAGGUGCACAUGUUUGCCUUUUUGUGUUUUUGUUACUGUGUAAGUGUAAUUUUUUUUUAUCUUCAUAAUCAAGAAAUAUACAUUUUGUUCACUUACUUUACUUGUUAUGAAACAAUAAAUAUUAGGUUGUAUU